CCAAAUAACGAUAAUAUAAUGAGCAAAUAAAUUAAGUACCGAAAAAAUAAACUGUUAAAAACACGAUGUUUCGAGAUUUUUGGAACUUACUAUGUUUGCUCAUUAUAUUUUCACCAUUUUGCAUAAUAUGCUUUCAGUUUUUGUCAGACAGCAAGGAUAUACAGUGAGGAAAAAUUUUCAACUUUUGUUUUAUUUCAUGGGAAAAACUAUUACAUCAACAACUUUUCUCUGACAAUGGAUUGAAAUGAUUAAUAGCAUGGAUGAAGUCCCUUGGAUAGAAAAAAGGGGGAUUUUGCAAAUUAAUUCCAAUGAAAAUAACUCUUUUAUGUGGGGUUUAUUUGGACAUUACCCGCGAUUUCAUAUUCUUAAGCUACUUAAAAAAUUUAAAAAGUACCUUUAAAGCAGGUCCACUUCUACAAUCUAAUAUAAUUGUUUUUUAUGUCAAAAUUUUUAGACUUCUUGCCAAGCUAGUGCCUUUUUGAUUAUUUCAAUAUUGUUUGAUUACAGCCUUCUUGUCAUUUGCUUUUAAUUUUGAUUUACUAAAUUUUUAUAAAUUACUAAUUAUUUUAUCACCCUGUGAUUUUUAAUAGCUUUUGAUUUCUUGAAAUUAACAUAUUAUUACGUGAAAACCAUGAUUUUUCGAUUAUUUCAUGACGAUUUUAGAGGUAGGGAUAUUUGUCAGAUUAUGUUCAUCUGCGCAUCUGGGCCUAUCAUAGGCACUCAUGGGGCAAACCCCUGUGGUAGGGGGGUAGGGAAUUUGUAGGGAUUAAGGGAAAUUUACGGGAAAACUGGAUAUUAUAAGGGAAAAUAAGUUAUUUGUAGGGGAAAUCCAAGUAGGGGGAAUUUUGCCCUGAUCAUAGGGGGAAGUAGGAGAUUUGAGCGUGCACUGUAGGGGAAGCCCACUGAUCUCCAGCAUCCUCUGCGUGGCAGCCCUGGUGGCCUAGUCAAGUGAUUUGGUGGCCUAGCUAAGUAAGAGAGGUAGUUCUGUCUUUUGGUUAGAAAGUAAACCAGCUUUUGGAUUAUUUGACUGCGAACAUGAAUUCUGAAUUGUUAAAAGAAUAUCAAGCCUUCCACAAAAAGAGCUUAUCAACUCCAAGUGUUGAAUCGACGAAGAAGAAACCUUCUGAAAAAGGAGGCAAGUCAUCAGGAAUUGGCGAACGAGCUAAAAGGCCCCCGAAAAGGCAGCUUCCACCACAGCUUCUGCAACAGAGUAAAAAGCAAGCACAGAAUUCCUCGUUUAGCUACAAAUCUUCAAAUGUGGUUAGGUCAAAAAAGAGGUUUUCUAUCCUCGCGUCAAUUGUUGACUUGAUGAGGAAAAGGUAUCAAGACAGAAAAUUUGACCCCAUUACAUUGGAUGAAAUACUUGACCUCACAAACAAUACAGAUAUAAGUCAGAGAGAUAAAGACUGGUUAGCUGAAGAAGCUCUAAAAAACAAUCACAAAUUAUCAAUAAAUGAUGGAAAAUAUGCCUUUAAACCAAAAUACCCCCUACGCGAUCGUAAAUCAUUGAUAAGACUAUUGGAGAAACAUGAGCAAAAUGGUAUGGGCGGAGUUCUGCUGGAUGAUGUCAGAGAAGGGCUGCCUAAUGCUGAUGACAUUGUUAAAUCAGUCAGUGAAAGAAUAUUAUUUGUGACAAGAACUAAUGACAAAAAAGCUAUUUUGUUUAAUUAUGAUCAUCAAUAUGCAUUGGAGGUUGAUGAAGAAUUUCAAAAACACUGGAGAAGUGCAACAGUUGAAGGUCUUGGAGAAGCUGGAAUUGAAAAGUAUUUGGAAGAAUCUGGCAUAACAGUGAUGCAAGGCCUGCAGCCAGUAAAGACAGCAGAAAGGAAAAAGAAGCCAAGCAACAGAAAAAGGCAAUUUAAGAAACUCAAUACUCACUUGUCUGGUGACGUGCUUAAAGACUAUUCUACUUAAAUUAGUAAUACAUGGAAACACAAAAAUACAUUUAUUAUAUAUCUUAUUAUAUAAUGUUGUAAAUAUUGUUGGAAACAGAAAGAAUCAUUGAUGACCAGAUCUUUGUUUGACAAUAAGCAGCUAUUCCGAAAAUAUUUAUUUUCUUAAAUUACAAAAUUUCAUCACCAGUUAAAGUGACAGCUUUCAUGGCUACUAGUGGCACCAGUUUAAAACCACUAGUGGUGGUGCCAAGAGGAUAUGGGGGGUAAUUACCCCCCUACUUGUGUUGAAACAUGAUCCAUGUGUUUAAAAAACGUGAUUCUUCAUGAUAUUGAUUUAAAAGUGCUGGGUAGGGGAGAUUAUAUUUUCGGCUUUGAAAUAUACAUCUGGUACCAAGCAACAAAACGAGGCAAAAAUAGCUCUUGCCUCCACUGAGAACCAUUUUGAAGCAGCAAUAUUUUUGUAUUGUAGAGUUUUGUUUGUUUAAAUGAUAAUUGAAUUAAUGUCAAAAGCAAGUAGGAGGAAGAGCAGGAGAAUACACCAGAGACAAUAUCUGACUGUCUGACCCUCUUUAUCUUAAUUCUUCUUUAUUGAUUGGAACAUGAAUGUUUUAAACAUGGUGUUAUGCUAGGCAGAAAAGAAAUCAAUCAAUAAGUUGACAAAGUCUAAACAUCUUAUAUCUAGUUUAUGAACAUUAAGGCAUGCUGCCAUUCUUUCUUUGUAAAAAAUAUUAUUUGUUUUCUUUGUAUUGAAAACACAAUUAAAAGAGUACAUAAAUAUGUUUUUUUUUCAGAGUU